AUGGAGACCGGCGAGACCGGCCCACCCCCACCAUCGGCGUCCGCGGCGACGAGCGUCCCGAUUGGGACAAAGGAGACGCAAGUCCCUAUCGCCGCCGCGACCUACGCCACCGCCGCGAUUCAAAAGACCAAGCAGACUCCCGAGCAGCAGACCCAACAACAACACCGUGCCAAGGCUUUGACCCAAAUGUUCGAAGUCAUGGGUGCUGUACCGGGCAAUCGCACCGACCGGUGGUUGCAAGCCACCUUCGCCACCGACGAGUACCCUGUCGCUACCGCUACAUCGCUCAAGUAUUCGGCUCUCAACGCCAAUCGAUCCAUUCGAAACAUCUUCGACUUUGCUCUCGACGUCACUUUGACCGUCCAAGGCGCCUCGAAGGCCUCUCCCGCGGACAAGGCCGAUCUGCUCGGUUGCGUCACGAGACUGCUCUCCCCGCAAUCGCCCCUGUGCUUCGACGCCGAGGUCACCCUUCCCGAGCACCUUGCGGCGUUUGCGCCCCAGAUUAGGGUAUCCAACACUCGUCUUUCGUCAGGGCCGGUGUGGUCAACCACCGUAUCUCCGUGGGAUUCGUUUCGGCGAAGGCACGUGACUCGGCGCUUACGGCCCCACUGGCGCUUACUUGGCACUCUGCAAAGGCUCACUUCGCAAAGGCCCACCACUUCUACCACAACAUGGUCGAGCUGGCGUAUCAACGUCGGUGUCGCAGCGGUCCCAUCCAGGGAUGCCAUUGUUGACUCUUUUAAAUCAAUUGUCACCAAAAUCACAGCCAAGGGACACCGUUGCGAGCUGGUACAAGUCUUGCGCGUGAUCCACGUCGAUAACGACUCGGCCUAUGCGCACUUGGCCGGCGAGUUUUCGGCCUUUAUCCGCUUCGACGACGACGCCCUUUUCAAAGCCCCUAACAACACGCUGAAGGAGCUCCUACCGUCGAAGGUCUCUCUAGCCACUAGAGGCAACAUGCAUACGGCGGUUCGUCACGACUACGAACGAGAAGCGGCCUGUGCUCGGUGCCACUUUGUGGGGCAUGUGGAGACCUGCGCGCUGGAACAGGAGAGGAGGCAGAAGGAAGCGAACAACAACACCGGAAGGCACAACAAGUACCACAACAACCCAACCAACACCAACAACAACAACAACGACACCACCAACACCAACAACACCGACAACGACGCUUCCGAGGUUGUGGCCCCUAGCCGCGCCCUCGGAACCGACCAACUCGAAUCGCGGAACCGAUUUGCGGGGCUCGAGGUCGAAGGAGGACAGGAGGAUGACGUCGAGGAGGAGGAUGCAGGAAAGGAGGGCGAGGAAAAGGAGCAGGUCGAAGAAGGAGAAGAGGAUACGGGCGCCAAGGCGGACGACGAGGAUUCGGACUCGGAUGGGAACGCCGGAGCGGGCAUCGACAAGGCGGGAGGCGACGACAAGGACGACGACAAGGACGACGACGAGGACGAACAGGACGACAGCUCGGAGGGAAGCGAACAAAGGGAGGACGAAGGAAACGAUGGGGAUGACGUGAUGAAAGAUGGAGCAGAGGAGGAGGACGAAGGGACGGAGACGGAGGUGGAAGAAGAGGUCGAGCAGGAACAGGGGGUACAGGACGACAGCAUCAUGAUCAUCGACGACGACCAAACGACGAUCACCACGGUUUCCCGCGAGUCGACUCCUCGGAGUCCCUCGUGGCCUCCACUAUCUCCUGAGACGUUGGCAAAGUCGCUGCGCGAGGGUGCGGAGUGGGACCGAGCUAACGCCGAAGCUGCUGCACGUGUCCAAGCAGAAAAGGAGGCGAUCAUCAACGCCCAACUCGACGCGGAGGAACCGCUCGUUCGCCACCAAUUUGCAGAGUGGGGUCAGGAAGAUGGACAACUGCGAUUCAUCAACAUUCGUGGCACCGGCUCCGGGUCGAACAAGAAGAUGAAGAGGUCGCAAACGGUGGCCGAUCUCAGCGAUCCGAGCGACGACCCGGUCGAUAUCAAGCGCGUUCUGAACAGGGUCAAAGGUCGAGCAGGAAAGGAGGUAGCGGGUCAGGGGAAGAGGGUGACGAGGUCGAUGUCGGCGGCGGCGGCGAUGCAGGUCGAGGGGGCCAAGGCGAAAGCGGAGAAGGGUAAAGGGGUGGAGGAGGAGAAGCGCUGGUCCGACCACGAGCCCGAGGAUGACAUUCUCCCCGAAUUCCCACUCUUUGAGGACGACACUACCGCCAAGAGCACGUCUACAUCGUCUAUCCAAUAAUGAUCAAGCACACCAUCACCAGCUGGAACGUGAGGAGGUGCAUGGGGAUCCCGGAAAAGCGACGCAACAUUUACACCUAUUUAUCAACAUUCAAAGCAUCCGCCAUUCUACUACAAGAACACUUCAUCAAACCGGAACUCUGGCAAUGUAUCAAGGACGAGUACGAGGGCAAGGUCUUCAUCAGCAAACACUGUCUGACUCUGAUCCCCGCCGACUCGCCCCUGAUCGACGCCGAGAUUUUGCGCACCCACUCGGCACUCGACGGACGAAUCCUGGUCACCUCCUUUCGACUUCGAGGCGACAUCCGGAUACUCGAGAUCAACAACAUUUACGCACCAGUCGAUACAAAACAACGACUCACAUUCUUUGACAAACUACAUUUCCACAGGACGCAGAGCACCCACCUUCGACUCCUCGGCGGCGAUCUCAACGACUGCCCGCUGCCGGCGAUCGAUCGGCGGAACCAAGGUCGGCACGGCCAUCACUGGCCGAUCCUGAUCGGCAAGCUCGACUCGCCCUACACCGACUGCAUACGAUUCAAACACCCGCUCACACCAUCUUUCACUCGACCCAACAUCGUCCGCAAGCGACCAAAGUCCUUUUCACGACUUGACUACUUCCUUCUGCAGCGCACCCACCAAAAGCGACUCGUCCAAGCCUCGACGAUCUACGACCACCCCAAGGACCUUUCGGAUCACCGACCGGUCUCGAUCGUCCUAGUUCUCUCGGAUGAGCGAGGAGACGCGGCUCAACCCAACAAUAGUUUACCAACGACAUCAAACCAAUUACAUCGUAUCAACGCGGCGACCUUCAAGACGGCGGAGUUCCAGGGGAUGUUGGAAGGAUGGUUGGAAGGAGCGAGUGGGGAGGAACCGGUGGGGGAGCUCGAGGUGGUGCUGGGGAACUGCGCGAAGGAGGGUCGGGAGCUGGCGAGGAGGGAGCAUCGGGAGCGGGUGGAGCGGAUGGCGGUCUUGGUGGGAAGGGUGCAGGAUCUGGAGGCGUUGCCGGUGAUGGGGGACGAGGAGACGGCCGAAUGGACGCGGACGACGGAGGAACUUAGGCGAGCGGUCAACGAGCGCGCGCGCCAACUUCGGAUCCGAGCCCACGUACCCGAAAUCGCUACCGAGGAACGACUGUCGCGGCCGGUCCACGCCAAGCUCGCGGCACGGAGUUCGGAUUCCAAGAUCACAGCACUGCGAUUGCCCAACGGAGAGCUGACACAUGACAUUGACGUCGCGCUUGACCACACACAGGCGCACUUUCAGCGCCUCUACGAUCUCGAGCCGCGCGAUCGGGACCACGUCGAGCGACUUAGGGACGAUUUCUUGGCGCCGAUCAGGUCGGCGCGCACUUGCGAUGACCCGAGCUCGGACCCGCUCUUUCUGCGACGACUCUCGGAAGCGCACAUCGAGCUGCUGCAGCAACCCAUCACCGAGGACGAGGUCGUAGCCGCAAUCGCAACAACACACCCCGGUCGAUCGCCGGGUCCAUCUGGCGUGCCCUACGAGCUCUAUCACACAGCGCCGCGGGCGUGGGCCAAGGCGCUGAGCAGGGCCUUCAACGCGAUGACCGAGCGCGGCUCGCUUUCACCGAAGCAGGGGCAAGGACUCGCUCGCCUGCUCUUCAAGCACCACAAGAUCGGGGCCGAUCGCGCCGAGCUCUCGUCGUACCGGCCCAUCACCUUGCGCGAGUGCGACUACAAGCUCUUCACCAAGGUCUACGUUGCGCGACUCAACCACGUGCUGCCGGACCUGCUCCCACCGCAACAGCACGGCUUCGUCAAGGGCCGCCGAUCGGCGGACGCGUCAUUCCACCUGCGACUCUUGAUCGAGGAGCUGGGCGCGCGCGGCACCGAGUUCCCUGACGCGGCGCUCUUGUCUCUUGACCAAUCGUCGGCUUACGACCUCGUCGAGCACGAAUGGAUCUUCGCCAUCUUCGACGCUCUCGGCGCUCCUGCCGCCUUCCAACGCGUUCUGAGGAUGCUCUACUCGGGUGACUCAACCACGGCGCGAUAUAUCAUCAACGGCUUCUUGACUCCGCCGGUGCGGCUGACGUGUGGGCUCGGCCAAGGGGACCCGGCGUCGUCGUCGGUCUGGGAUGUCGUGUUCCAGCCGUUCCUGGAUGCUCUGCACCGUCGAGGCAUCGCGCUGAACCUCUCGCUUCCUACCAUUCACCCCUACCCACAGAGCCGCGCCAUUACAUCCCUUGCGUUUGCCGAUGACGUCGUCGUCGCUGUCGCGGGCUCGGAGUCACUCAACUUGCUCGACGACCUGGCGCUCGACUGGAGGCUCGCAACCAAUGGCCGGCUCAACACCGACAAGACCGUCGUACUACCCAUCGGGUGUCGCUGGGAGGCUGGCGAUCGUCCGCUCGUCGUCAAGGCCGAGGGCGAGUCGCUCGAGUGGAUCGGCCUAUCUUUCGACCCCACCGGCAACACCGAACUCGCCAACGUGAAUCUCGUCGCACGGCUCGAAGCGGUGCUCGAUUCGGCACGGGACCGAGGGCUCACACACCACACCCGAGCGUUCUACGUCAACCGAUACGCCAUUCCCAAGAUUCUGCACAUCCUCUCCGCCGACAUCCCACCGCUCGAGGUCGUCAAGGAGCUUGAUCGCAUUCUCGCCGACUUUGUCCGCGGCGGCAAGAGGAGGUCGUGCUAUGGCAAGGACGUCGUCUUCACACCGAGGUUCAAGGGGGGUCUUGGGGUCAUGCGGAUGCAGGACGUCGUCGACUCGGUUGCGGCACGCGUCUGGGACGUGCUUCUUGGCGGUUCGGAUGCGAUCUGGCAGGGACUUGCGCGCGCGGCGAUUGUACGAGCCCAUCCCGCCCCGACUUUGACUUGGCAACCGAUGCGUGGCCUUGCGACUACACUCCGAUCCGAACCGAUCUACACCCAAGAUGGCAGGCCGUGCUGAAGGUACCAUCGACGCACAAUGCGCAAGUCAAGCCGAGGACGUUGACGCUCGCGAACCUUCUCGCUCUUCCGAUCAAGUUGCACACCCUUCACUACCUACCGGGAGCACCAGCUGUGUCGCGACCACCCUACGACGCCGACUAUGCUGCGUUUGCCAUUUACGCCAAGGUAGCGGACCUGUUUCGACGCGAGCUGUACCCGGGCGGGGGCUUUCAUCUCUGGACGCCGCCGACGGAUGUGGUCGUCAGCAACAGCGAAUACGAUCAACGGGGCCGCCCACAACGAGAGCACAUCGUGGCAUGGUACCGACAUGCGAUCAAUCGAUUGAGGUUCACACCAAUAGCUCAACCGGUGGCGGCAGUACGAAUCAACGGGCCUCCCCGAGUCCGCCCCACCACGCCGCUCGAGUCGAUCCUGCCCAUCCGAUCGACCCGCCGCAGCGCCUUCCGAGACCGGCUCUCCCAGACCAAUCAACACAAUACAACUUGCUCAGCAUGGAUCGGCCAUACACCAUCCGUCGCGUCCGCCGAGUCUUGAAUGCAAAGGCCUUCACCGACACGAUCGGUUUCAGGGACUCGCUGCAGCCCGACGAUCUCAAGGGAUUCUGGAAGGGGGUCAACUCGAAGGCAUUGACGGCGAGGGAACGCGAGGUGUGGUUCAAGCUCGUCAGGAACUUCACCCCGACUCGGAGUCUGCAGUUUCAUCAAAAGCACGACGACUCGCCCGCGUGCCUCGUCUGUGGAGCGCCCAAGGACGAUCGGGAGCACUACUUCUUCGACUGCGUUGACUCUAGGAACGUUUGGAUCGCGGCAAGGGGCGUGCUCUGCGACGCACUGGGGCUCGACACGAUCGACAACACGCAUUACACGGCCGUUCAACGCAUGUUCGGACUUCCGAAGCUCAAGGCCAGUCUGCGCGAUCAAGAAGGAGCGGGGAGGACGAUCGAAAUAUUCACCGGGCUGGUCUUGGAGAUGAUCAGCAGCGGGAGGUGGGGGAUGCAGAAGUGGGGACGAGGAUGGAGGGUGUUGGGAGGAGGAGGAUAA